UAGAAUCGGUAUUGCUUGCUGUUCUAAUUAACUUUGUAACCUCAAAAUCAUGGCUACUGCAUCAACUACCCCACCGUCAGUUCCAGCAAUGCCGUCUCACAUGAAAGCCUGGGCCUAUACAGAACAUGGGAAGAUAACAACAGUUCUGAAGUUAAAUCCAAAUUUUCCUGUUCCUGAACCCAAGUCGAACCAGGUACUAAUAAAGCUUGUUGCUGCAGCCAUUAAUCCCGUAGAUUAUGCUAAGAUUGAGGGACGUAAGGUGUAUGAGGAUGCUGGACAUGUUCCAUUUCCGAUUGUUCCUGGCUAUGAUGUUGCCGGUGUGGUGGUGAAAGUAGGAAGUGGAGUGAAGAAGUUGAAAGAAGGGGAUGAAGUGUAUGGUAUGGUGGAGGCAAAAGAUGUUGGGUCUUUGGCUGAAUACACAACUGCACAAGAGAAUGGUUUGGAUCACAAGCCUCCAAAUUUGGGCUUUGCUGAAGCUGCUGCCAUUCCUUUAGCAAUUCAAACUGCUUAUGGAGCUCUUCGCAAGGUUGGCCUUUCUCCUGGCCAAUCUAUUCUUGUUUUGGGAGCUUCUGGCGGCGUUGGAACCUUCGUUGUUCAGGUUGCGAAACAUGUUUUUGGUGCUUCCGUGGUAGCAGCUACAGCUAGCACUGGAAAACUGGAAUUGCUGAAGAAGUUAGGAGUUGACAUGCCAAUUGAUUAUACAAAACAGAACUUUGAAGAUCUUCCUGAAAAGUUCGAUGUAGUCUAUGAUGCCGUAGGACAGAGUGAAAGGGCAUUGAAGGCUAUGAAAGAAGGUGGCAAAAUUGUAACAAUAGUACCUCCUGGAAUUCCACCAGCAAUGCUGUUCAUACUCCCUUCUGAUGAUGAAACAAUGUUACAGAAGCUAAGACCGUACUUGGAGAGUGGCAAGGUGGUGCCAGUACUUGACCCCAAGACUCCAUUUCCAUUUUCUCAUACUGUUGAAGCACUCUCUUAUUUGCUAACUCGUAGAGCAACGGGAAAAGUAGUCAUUCAUCCCAUCCCUUGAACAUAAUAUACACAAGUUUCUUUAUCUUUUCGACCAGAAGAGAGGUUUCUUUAGUUUGAUUCCCAUUGAAAUAUAUAUGUUGUUGUCAUUUCUUUAAGGUGUGUGAUAAAGAGAGUGAGCAUUAUGACGUUUGUGUAUCGUGGUUGUAAUUGUCGUCAAACUAUCAUGUGUAACAGUAUUUGAAUAUAUCAAAUAAAUCAA